UAUGUCAAACAAGAUUUUCGCCAGCAACCUUCGGAUACGAUUUCGUAGUUGACAUCGUCACAUCGAUGCGAUCCAUCCCGUCCGUCCAUUCCACGCAUCCCCUCCUCCGCCGAACACUCGGACUCAAACCCCACCUCUCGCCGUCGGCGAGCGCCGCCGUUGAGGCAUCGCCGAUGACCACCUCCGGCGCACCCACGCCCCAACGCUUCAAGCGCUCCUCCCCAAGGAAGAAGUCGCAGCUAAGAAGCCGCCGCCUCGCCGCCGGAGAGGCCGAGGCUUCGAAGGCCUCGGCGUUGGCCAGAGCGCCGCUUCCCGCACCGCUGGAGGUGGACGCGGUGCCGCCUGUUGGGCGCGCAUUGCCGCGACAGUUCUUCGAGGUGGAUGCCCUCGACCUCGCCCCCCGCCUCCUCGGCAAGCUCCUGCGCCGCGACGAAGUUGUCCUCCGCAUCACCGAGGUGGAGGCCUACAGGCCAAAUGAUUCCGCAUGCCACGGCCGGUUCGGCAUCACCGCGAGGACUGCCCCAGUGUUUGGACCGGGAGGCCAUGCAUAUGUGUAUCUAUGCUAUGGGCUCCACAUGAUGCUCAAUGUCGUUGCCGACUUGGAGGGAGUUGGUGCUGCUGUUUUGAUCCGGUCAUGUUCUCCGGUUAGCGGCCUUGAAACAAUUCAGUGGCGCCGUGGUCAACAAACUGAGAAACCAGUCCUACUUACAGGACCAGGAAAGGUUGGGCAAGCUCUGGGUCUAUCCACUGAUUGGUCGAACCAUCCUCUUUACACACCUGGUGGGUUGGAAGUGUUGGACGGACCAGAGCCGGAUGGCAUUUUGGUUGGUCCCCGCGUCGGCAUCGAAUACGCAUCUCCGGAGCAUGUCGCCGCGCCCUGGAGGUUCGCCAUUGCCGGCACUCCGUGGAUCAGCGCCCCCAAAAAUACCCUUCGGCCACGCUGAAGACCUGUAGGUACUAGGUAGUAGGGGGAAGCUUGAGGUCGAGGAUGAACGAAGCGGUGUCUCGCAACAAACAGCUCGAGUCCAAUUCCCCGUUUAACCCAAAAUGUUCAUUUGUCUGUUGUAUUUUGUUCGAAAACAAAGGGUGGAUGUCUAAACCUUGCUCCGUUUUUUU